AUGUCUUUAUUAGAUGAACUAAAUAACGAUUUUGAUAGCAACAACGAAAAUGAAUCUGAAAAGGAAACCCAAGAAAAUAUAGAAAUUGAAGAUCACUUGAAGGUUGAUAAUCAUGACACAUUAAGUCCAAUGACCUUUGAAGAAAAAUCUUUAUUUGGUUUUUUAAAAGAUUACGAAAAUACUACUUUGAAUAAUAAUUCAAACUUCAUUUUCAAGUAUGAAAAAGAUAUAUUAAAUAUCAUUGAUAAACCUUUACACGAGGAAGCAGAUUUGUAUUUAUUAACCGAAUCAUUGACUGUGUUUAAAGAUCAGAUUUUUACACUUUAUAAAGACUUACUUGCCUCUUAUAAUUAUAGUCAAGAAUUAUCAUCUAUAUUAGAUAAUGAUCCAGAAAAAUUUUGUCAAACUUUAGAACUACUUAUUAAUAAUAAAAGUAAAGAAGUUCCUGAUGGCAGCUGUUUAUUAAAUACUUCAACUUUAACCAAAGAACAGGUUUUAUUAGUUACUCUUCAACUACAGAAUAUGCCUCCAAUAACAAAUAAUUCAUUAAAGACACAAUUAGGUGCACUAAUUAAUAAGAUUUUGAAAUUAUGUGAACUACAAAAAAAAAUCACAAACUUUAUAAAGAUCCAUUCUAUGAAAGUAACACCAAAUCUAUGCAAUUUAGUGGGGCCAACUAUAGCAUCGCAGUUAAUCUCGCAUGGCUCAAAUUUAAAACAGUUAAGUUUAAUGCCUAGUUCUAAUUUAAUAACGUUAGGUCAGGAUGGAAAACAAAAGAAAAGCAUACUAUAUUAUUCAAGUUUUGUCCAGGAACAAAACGAUGACAUGUGGAGGAAAAAAGCUCUAAGAAUUCUAGGUGGAAAAUGUUCCUUGGCACUCAGAGUAGACUAUUUAAAAUCAAAUACGGAUGGCAAACUGGGUUUGCAGUGGAAGAAAGAAUUAGAAAAUAAAAUAGAAAAGUUAUCUACACCGUCUAAUGUAACUAAAAUCAAACCAUUACCAGUUCCGCAUGAUAAUUCCAAAAAAAAAAGAAGGGGGGGAAGAAAAUUGAAAAAAAUAAAAGAAAGAUACAGAUUGUCUUAUGUCCAACAGUUAGCCAAUAAAAUGGCAUUUGGUAAAGAAGAAAAAAGUGUAUUGAAUAGUUUUGGUGAAGAAGUCGGAUUAGGGUUGUCAACUAGUAGAACAGCUCUUGUAAAUAAUUCCAAUAAUGUUGGAGACUUUGGGUUAUCAAAGAAAAUGAAGAAAAGAUUGCGGGAAGAAAGUGACAAAGUUAAAAAAUAUAUGUUGGAUAAAGGUGAUAGUUUUGUCUUAGAGAAUCCUGAUACUGAAUCGAAAGACAACAGAGCUGUUAAUGGAAACAUUGUCAGUAGUAAAAAGAAGGACGGUACUGCGGUACAAGAUACCAAAGAUGGUUUUGAUUCUUGGUAUAAUAAAUUUACAUAG